UGGCAGGCAGCGGAUCAGUGCACUGCCUCCCAGCUCUCAGCCUGCUCUGUGCCCCUCCCAGCCAUGCGGUCCUCGGUGUCUCGGCACGCGUACUCCACCAAGGGGGGCUUCAGCUCCACCUCCGCCAGCGGAGGGGCCGGGGCCCGUACCCACACCAGCUUCAGCUCGGUGACUCUGUCCCGGAGCAGUGGCGGGGGUGCCCGCUGUAGCCCCAGCAAGGGUGGCUUUGGCAGCCGGAGCCUCCAUGACCUGGGUGGCAGCAGAAGCCUCUGGGUCAGCGCAGCCCGGGGAACCUCCUCGGGCCGGGCUCUGGGAAGCCUUGGCCUUGGCAGCGGGAUCUACGCUGGCCUGGGGGCUGGCAGGCAGAUGUUCGGGCCUGCCUGUCCCCCUGGUGGGAUCCAGGAGGUCACCGUGAACCAGAGCCUGCUGACCCCUCUGCACGUGGAGAUUGACCCUGAGAUCCAGAGAGUGCGCACGCAGGAGAAGGAGCAGAUCAAGACCCUCAACAACAAGUUCGCCUCCUUCAUCGACAAGGUGCGCUUCUUGGAGCAGCAGAAUAAGGUACUGGAGACCAAGUGGGCGCUGCUGCAGGAGCAGGGCCACGGCUCGGGUGUCAGCAGGAACAGCCUGGAGCCCGUCUUUGAGGCCUACGUGGGCAACCUGCGGAGGCAGCUGGACACCCUCCAGGGGGAGCGCGGGAGGCUGGACUCGGAGCUGAGGAACGUGCAGGACCACGUCGAGGACUUCAAGAACAAGUAUGAGGAGGAAAUCAACAGACGCACGGCUGCAGAGAACGAGUUCGUGGUGCUCAAGAAGGAUGUGGAUGCCGCUUACGUGGGGCGAACAGAUCUGCAGGGCAGAGCCAGCACCCUGACCCAGGAGAUGGACUUCCUGCGGCAUGUCUACGACAUGGAGCUGAGCCAAGUGCAGACUCAUGUGUCUGAGACCAACGUGGUGCUGUCCAUGGACAACAACCGCUCCCUGGACCUGGACAGCAUCAUCGCCGAGGUCAAGGCCCAGUAUGAGCUGAUCGCCCAGAGGAGCCGCGCUGAGGCUGAGGCCUGGUACCAGACCAAGUACGAGGAGCUGCAGGUGACGGCUGGGAAACACGGUGACAGCCUGCGGGACACCAAGAACGAGAUUACGGAGCUCACGCGCGUUGUCCAGAGGCUACAGAGUGAGGCGGACGCAGCCAAGAAGCAGUGCCAGCAGCUGCAGGCGGCCAUCGCCGAGGCCGAGCAGCGCGGGGAGGUGGCCCUCAAGGACGCCCAGAAGAAGCUUGGGGAUCUGGACGUGGCCCUGCACCAGGCCAAGGAGGACCUGGCCCGGCUCCUGCGUGACUAUCAGGCCCUUCUGAGCGUGAAGCUGGCGCUGGACGUGGAGAUCGCCACCUACCGCAAGCUGCUGGAGAGCGAGGAGAGCAGGAUGUCCGGAGAAUGCCCCAGCGCGGUCAGCAUCUCGGUGACCGGCAGCUCGACCACCACGUGCGGCGGCGGCAGCAGCGGCGGCGGCUUCUCCCUGGGUGGGGGCGGGGGCGCCAGCAAGGGCGGGGCCAGCACGAGCCUGGGCUACGGCACCGUCAAGGGAGGGGCCGUCUCUGGGGGCUCCUCCAUCCUGCGCAAGACCACCACGGUGAAGACGAAGACGGGCAGCUGGAGGUACUAGCCCAGCGCAGGCUGCGACCCAGCUCCUCCCAUCUCGGCUGCACCGCCACCUCCACCCCACUUCCCCUGACCUCUUAGGAGCAGGAGCAGCGCCCCCCCGGGGGUGGGUGGGGGCGACGAAUCGGCCCAGGCUUGCUGCUGGGGUCCGCGAUAGGAUGGGACAUCUCCAGCACCAGCUGGAUCUGUGGGGGUUGUCUCUCUAGGGGCUGAAUUUCCCAGGCCAUGGCGCAGCCCCCAGCUCCUGUGUCUGCUUUGAGGUCAGGGUGGGUGGGGGAGGAGGGCGUGGUCCCCAAAGAACCCCCCCCCCCCACCGCCCCAUCUGCCCACACCCCUGUGCCCUCUCUUUGCCUGCCAGCCGCCUAAUAAAGAGCGUGGACACUG